AUGAACGACAGGACGAGUUUACUCGGGAACAAAUGGAGAAAAAGAGGAGGAGAAAAGUCCGUCCACGUUAAAGGGAGCGCCAAUGGUGUUGGUGUUGGCCUUCGCUGUGAAGGGAAGGAUAACUCAAGAGUCCCAAGGUUGUGGGUGCCAUUGUUUAUGUUUUCGCUGUUGAUGUUGCUUCCGAUGCCACUGCGGGCUUCCGUGCAUUCGGGAGAUAACGUUACAGUGACUGUGCUGUGCCUUAUGCGUGGCCUCCGUGCUCCCUCACCAAUUGGUGAUGCCAUCAUUUCUGGUUUCAACAGCUCGCUCGCUGCACGUAAUUGGACCGCAGCGCGAAAUGUGCACGUUGUUCCUGUAAGCUGGGGAUCUUAUGGUAAUCAAAGCAUUGAUGCGCUUGACAAGAAACUUUCAAACAAAUCGGAAUUGCUGGUGCUGCUCGGGCCGUUGAGUGACCGUGAUGUCUUAGCCGUGACACCUCUACUCGAAAAGCACAAUGUAAUUGCCUUCGCCCCAGUUACUGGGUCAAGCGGGCUCCGCAAGUGGACACCGCAUUUGUACUUCCUUGGAGCCGAUCCUGUUGCCGAACUCAUCGCCCUCAUUUACUACGCACUGAGUCAACUACGACCACUUCGAUUGGGUUUAAUGCAUUUGCACAAUACCUCUUAUGGUGAGGUACAGUAUGAACUCACGAUGAGGCUGAUGUCAAGAAUGGGGCGUGAUCUCUGCGGAGUUUUUGCGCUAGAAAGUUCCGAUUAUGGUUCGGCUAGCGGUGAAGUCUUCAAUGCGAUGUGGAGUCGAUUCGCUUCCUUGCAUCCGCAGGGUGUGCUUGUAUUAGGGCCUCCCAACACAGAUACGUUCAAGUUUCUUUUGGCGGUGCCUUCGGACGAACGCACAAAAGACAUGUACAUCCUGGCCCCAUCUGCGCUGCAGCCAGCUAUUAGCAUCAUAGCUGAAGAACUCCGUCGAAGUGGAAAGGUCGCCUUUGCGUCAGGUCAAGUUAUUAUCACGGGAACAAACCCGCUCGCAACCGACGUCAAACACCAUGCCGUACGACGGUUUCAGAAGGAAAUGAGGUCAUAUCUAAAGGCGCAAAAGAACGAAAGUAGCCCCGGUGGUGAAGACCAUUUUCUCAAGCAUGCCACCACUGGGAAGCUGGCGGUGCUUGGAUGGGUUGCCGGUGAGGCACUGCUGCAAGCGCUAAGCAAUCGCGAGUGGCUAACGAGCAGGGAAGAAUUUAAAAAAUCGCUGUACAAUCAGCGCCGGUACGUGAUUGAUGACCUCGUCAUUGGUGACUACGGUGGCGAAUGCACAGGCUCCGCAGCUGCUCAGGGCGCUACAUGCCGUUGUAACCAGGGUGGGCAUGUGAUUUACAUGAACAGGUUGGAAGAGAACGGUAACCUUUCGCCCUUGGCGGAUGGGCUAAUCACGCGCGACGUAUCAGGGUGCUACAGUGAUUCCGGUGGGUUGCACGCUCCGCUAAUCGGUCUUUUCAUCCUAACAUUAGAUGACCCCAUUGCAUUAAGGGCGGCGACAAUUAUGCGCAAUGCGGCAUCGGUCAGCGUUAGUAGGGGGCAUCAUGAGCAGUCGAAUAGGGUAUUUAUGCAUACGCUUCCCGCACUUUCAGAUGGGCUGACUGGUAGCUUGCAGCAAGAGUUGAAUACCAGGACAGUUACAGCCGUAUUUGGCGUAGUGCAUCCUACAAUAAUGCGGACGCCGGGUUUGGCGUUCAUUGAUCCCGUGCCCCUCACCCCACAGCUAAAUCGCCGUAUGAAGAAUGUGAUCCAUUUGUCGCCUACACUUGAGCAACAACUGUUCGUGUUGGCGGCAUACAUUUCGAGCAGCAGCGGCAGCGGCGUGCGGGCCGUCAUUCGGGGGGAGGACUCUAAUGCAAUCGGGGACGUACUGACAAGGACGCUCGCGACAUUUGGUGUGACGCCGCAUUCUCUGGUGACAGCACGAGUCAAUGAAACAAUAGAAGGUGCACUUCCUGUUUACGGCAAUGUGUUCAUAAUUGGUCUCACUGCCAGCGAUGUUGGUUCAGUAGUGGCACACAUGGAACGCAACCCGGACGUACAUGUGCUGGUUCCGUUCUUCGAUGUUGUGCUUCUAUACGAUGAGGUUUUGAAAGCUUUCAACGGUAGCUCAAGCGCCAACCGACUGCUAAUUGCAACAAACCUGCCGCACUGGGCAGAGGUCCACAGCUCAUCCGAAAUUGUACAGGGCUUUCACGCCGCGCUUCCAGACCCAGCGCAGUGGACGCCAUUGGCAUUGGUGGGUUUCGCCGCCGCACGAGUAGUUCGGACUAUCAUUCCGCGUAUAGAAAAGGUGAGCGGGGAGACGGUGAUUAAUCUUUUCUAUAACAACAUCGGUGUGAGUGCCGGCGAUAUGUACUAUGGCCCUUUCAACCAUGGUGAGUGUGUUAACGACGAUGUCGAUGGUCUUGGCGAUGGUGGAUGUGCUGUGAACUAUGGAGCAACCCGCAUCUCCGUGUGGUCGAUGGCACGUGUGUUGAAUGCCUCUGUACCCGCUCUCGCUCUACCCGUCACGCCGUCGAUGCAAUAUCAUGACCCGAACGCGGCUGGAUCUACAGGCUCAACGCUCAUAGGCAUCGUCGUUGGUUCUCUCUUCACUGUGUUUCUGUUUGUGGCGAUAGUUGUUUGUCAAUUGUACUUCGCACAGCGUAGUGCCCGUGACAACGGGAAUGCGCCGAAGGAACUGUCAGAUCCUGUGACGCUUGUUUUCACAGACAUUGAAAGCAGCACUGCGCAGUGGUCGGCAUACCCCGAGUUGAUGCCCGAUGCUGUUGACCUGCACCACCGUUUGAUUCGGUCACUUAUUGUGCGAUACAACUGUUAUGAGGUAAAGACGGUUGGAGACUCCUUCAUGAUUGCUUGCAAGGACCCCUUCGCUGCCGUACAGCUUGCACAUGAUCUGCAACGGACAUUCUUGCACCACAACUGGGGAACGACCGCGUUCGAUGAGCUCUACCGAGAUAUGGAGCGGCGGCGAGCUGAAGAAGAAGAGGGGUAUACUCCGCCGUCCGCACAUCUGGAUCCUAACGUGUACGACCAGCUGUGGAGUGGCCUGCGUGUGCGUGUUGGGAUUCACACCGGGUUAUGCGAAAUUCGGAAUGAUGAGGUUACUAAAGGAUAUGACUACUACGGGCACACAUCAAACAUGGCAGCGCGGACGGAAGGUGUGGCAGAUGGUGGGCAGGUGUUAAUGACACGUGCGACAUACAUGUCACUUUCAGCUGAGGAGCGUGAGCAAAUUGAUGUCACCGCACUUGCUCCCGUUGAACUUCGCGGUGUGAACGCACCUGUGGAAAUAUGGCAACUGAAUGCUGUGCCGGGAAGGAUCUUUGCAGCGCUGGAUAUCGAUAAGGACACUUGUGUCUUCGGGGAUAGCUCUGAAGGCUCUAUUUCCAGCGGCGAACGCGGUCUCUCAGGCAAUGCAAUAACGCGUUCAGCCCAAACUAUUGUCGACUCCCUCAAUGCCCUACUGGGCACGUUUACAGCCGCACAACGACGGAAAGCACUGAUGCCCUUUUGCGAACGGUGGCGUGUUGCGUUGCCACCCGAGGCAGGAUUCGUAUGGAGCGAUGACUACUGUAGGCAAGUCAUACAUAUUGUUGCUGCGAAGGUUGGAAAGGUCAUAGAUCACACCGUGGUCUCUCAAUCCACGGGACGCAGCACAAGUAUCGCCACUGGGCAGUUGAGCGAUACUGAUGGCUUUACGGUAACGUUAUGA